GAGCAGUACAAGUUGCGAUCUUUUGCAGCACGGAGAUAGGAAGAGGGGCGAUGCACAUCGUAUCUUAGUUUUCCACCCUGUAGCUCCCGGCUUUGUCCUCCGCCGUCGGCGUCGUGCCUGGCUAAAUCGGUUUUCGACGCCUCUACGACGUCGGCGGAGUUGACGAAGAGAGCUUUGCCGCCGCCAUAUCGUGGAGCUUAGAGAUCGGAAGCAGCGAUGGCGUACGCUGGCAAGUAUGCAGAUGAGCUCAUCGCCACCGCGAAGAAGAUCGCAACACCUGGGCGAGGUAUUCUCGCAGCGGAUGAGAGUACGGGCACCAUUGGCAAGAGACUGACCAGUAUUAAUGUGGAGAAUGUGGAGUCUAACAGGCGGGCUCUGAGGGAGCUGCUUUUCACCGCCCCCGGUGCCAUGGAGUACAUCAGCGGUGUGAUUUUGUUCGAAGAGACGUUGUUCCAAAAGGCCUCCGACGGGAGGUCUUUCGUCGACGUGCUGAAGGAAGCCGGCGUUGUCCCGGGUAUCAAGGUGGACACUGGCGUUGCUGCUCUGGCGGGAACCUGCGGCGAGACCACCACUCAGGGGCAUGAUGGCCUGGGCGCCAGGUGUGCUAAGUACUAUCAGGCUGGUGCUCGAUUCGCCAAGUGGCGCGCAGUGCUGAAGAUCGCUGAUGGGUGUCCGUCCCCUCUGGCCAUCCAGUCCAACGCCGAAGGCUUGGCCAGAUACGCGUCCAUUUGUCAGGAGAACGGACUUGUGCCCAUCGUCGAACCCGAGAUCUUGAUCGACGGGUCGCAUGAUAUCGAGCGGAGCGCAGCCGUCACCGAGAAGGUCCUGGCGGCUGUGUACAAAUCUCUGAGCGACCACCAUGUGCUCCUCGAGGGUACCCUUCUCAAGCCCAAUAUGGUGACCCCUGGGUCGGAUGCCACGAAGGUCGCCCCGGAGGUGGUCGGUAAGUACACCGUCCGAACGCUUCAGAGGACCGUUCCCGCCGCCGUGCCGGGCAUCAUGUUCCUCUCAGGCGGGCAGAGCGAGGAGGAGGCGACUCUCAACCUUAAUGCCAUGAACGCGUUGGAUGCCAAGAAGCCCUGGACUCUGUCGUUCUCUUACGGGAGAGCUCUGCAGGCCAGUACCCUCAAGGCAUGGAGAGGCAAGGUCGAGAACGUGCCCGCCGCUCAACAGACUUUCUAUGUCCGUGCCAAGGCCAAUGGAGAGGCCACACUCGGGAAGUACGGUGGCGCCCCUGCUGUCGAGGGUGCUUCUGAGAGUCUUCAUGUCAAGGAUUACAAGUACUAAAUUGCAGGAGAGGGGGGGGAAAUAGAGUAAAAUAAAAUAAAAUGAAACUGCGGGAGAGGAGGGAUUUUGGUCUUCUGAGUUACAGAUGAUGAGCUCUUCUUUUCUUUUUUAUUAUUUUUUCCUUUCAUUCAGAGGUCGGGUGAUGAGCUCUUUUUUUCGUUUUUGUAAUGAGCCCAUUUUUAAGAAGCGGAACGAUAGGUGGAUUUUUUUUAUUUUUUAUUUUUUGCCGUCCAGAAGUGUUUCUCAGCCAGGGAAGUAAAUGGAUAUGUGGCUUUGUAGGGGGGACAUGGGAUUGAAUGUAGGUAGGUAGCAGAGAGUUAGGUCACGCAAGUGGAGCUGGAGUAUUUGUGUGUGCCUGCCCUCGUGCUGUAGUGUUGCUGCAUGUGGCGGCUGAUUAUUCGGGAUCGACAAGAGGGUCAUGUUUCCUAGAGGAACCGUAUGUACGUGGUCGUAAUUUACUGUGUUGGUACAUAAGGUGAAAGAAGGGUCCUGUAGAAAUCCGAUGAACCUGGUCGUAAUUUACUGUAUUCGUACAGACGGUGCAAGAGGGGUCUCUGUCGUACGACUACGGACGGUGCAAGAGGGGUUUGUGCUAAACCUACACGGUUGGUUGAUUACCACCCAUGCCUACAACGCGUGUUUAAGAAAACGAAAUAUUUGACCCGACUUGUGGUUGCAGUGUCGCUGUUGUGAUUGCACUCUCUUUUGAUCGACCAAGUUUUCUGUGUCUUGAACGAGUUUUGGAAAAAAUCAGUCGUUAGAGGGGAUGAAGUUUCGGGUGAAGUUUCGGGUGAAGUUUCUGAAUUACGACUGUGUUUUCUGCCAGGAAAUGUGUUAUCGAGCUUUAUGUAG